AUGUCUGCCUUGUUGACUGAAUCUACUGCAGUUUUGAAAGAGCGUGCCGCUAAGGUGGGGUUGCCAGAUGAUGCAUUGCAACGGCUGCUUGACCAGGGCGUCGACACUUUGGCCAAACUGGCGUUCGCUCCUGGUCAUCCCGGGGAGUCCCCCAGUGACGAAAAACUCAAGGCCUUAGUUGCUCCAGUCGCUGCAGCCGGGGGUGCAGGAGGUGCCGAUCCCUCUCUUGGUACCGUCGCCGCGGUACGCCGGUUAGUCUUCGAAGCACAAACGUUGGUUGUCAAUGAGACCAAGUGCCUAGUUGAGAAUAAAGAAGAGCAGCCAAAAGAAUUGCCUCCAGCAGAACGGCGUGAUCGCCUGCAGAAGCAAGCUGCCCGCCUUGCAGGUGUUGACUUGUCUGGUGUCAACGAGUGCUCGCAUGCAAGCUAUGACCUUUGCCUGAAGCUGAUCUCUGACAACUGUGUCUCGUAUCUUCAGCCUUCGAAGUUUACCUGCCGGCAGGCGGAACUGCGUAUGGACAAGCCCCGCAAGGAACUUGAUGUCGCAGCCCCGGGAUCUUCCUCUUCCGUGCUCCUUAUCAAGGACCGCGCUGCAGAGCAGCAUUGCGACGUGACGCAUGCCCUUGAUCUGUUCCAGGCCCUGCACCGUCGCGCGUUGGCCAUGGACCUUGUUGGACUUAGCACGUAUGCUCGCGUGCAAGAGUGGAACUCCUUUCUUAGGAACCACCUGCAGCAGCCUGUCCUGGCGGGAUACCGCAGCCCCACUGUUCAGCAACUCCUUCACGCUGAUAGAGCUGCCUGGGUCCGUUUGUCCGAGUUAACCCCAGCCGGGGUGCGUCGCAAGGCUACAGGUGAAUUGCCGUUGGAUAGCCUCUGGGCUGAUUUGCAGAAGGACCCACGCGCCUCUCAUCAUGGACACGAACCGGGAAACGGCGCUGCUGGGGUUUUAACAUGGCCGCAGGCUGUCCCGGCGCCAAAGCUGGACAAACUUGCAGCAAGGGCUUGCACGUUUGCAUGCGGUGUGGAGCCUGCGGCCCCUGUGGAAGAGGCUGCUGUGCCUGCUGGCUUGUUGCCGGUGGAGGUGUUACCUGCCCGGCCUGAUGUUCCCCCUUCAGAAAGUGCAGCUCACCCUGGCGGUAGCAAGCAGCUGACUGUUUUCCAUGCUCUUGAAGUGUUUGCGGGCAGCGCUCGUCUCACUGUGGCACUUCGUGCCAUAGGCCUGCAAGAUUCCUGUGGCGUCGAUCAUCGGAUCCCCAGGCAUUGCCCUUGUCCCAUGGUCAAACUUGAUCUCACUCGUGAUUUUGAUGUACAGCUUUUGCAUGACAUGAUCGACAACCCUUUUUGUCUUUAUGUGCAUUUUGCACCACCGUGUGGCACGAGCUCCCGUGCUCGCCUGAUCCAAGAGACCGGUCACGACCCCGAACCGUGUCGGGAUGAUACCUUUCCUGAUGGCCUUCCUGAUCUUCCUGACCGUUUGGCUCAACGCGUGGCUGCGGCCAACCGCCUCUAUGGCGUGACCGCUGCAGCCCUGAAACGGGCGGUUCUUGCCGGCAAGCUUGUCAGCUGCGAGAAUCCCCUGAAUUCUUUCAUGUGGCAGACCACUGCGUGGCGUCAGGGCACUUCCGGUUUGUCCUUGCGGGAAGCUGUGUUUGACCAUUGUUGCUACGGGGGCAACCGCCCCAAGCAUACGUUGUGGGUGCACAACGUGCCGGCCUUCGACCAACUCAACCUGACGCGGUCUCCUAUGGUUGCGGAGUUCCGUGAUGUGGUCGUUGUGACAUCUGACCAUGACUUCUUGCCUGCUUCAGCCAAGCUGCCUGUGGCCGUGCCUGUUCCGCCCUCAGCCUCGUGUGACCCGCCCUUGCCGGAACUGCCCACGGUUCUCGUAUAUUGCGUCGUGUUGCACUUGGGGGUGGGGAGACGAAACCCGAACUGCCCCGUCGAGCAGUUCGCCUCUGUGUGCCUUCAACAGAAAACUAUCUUGGCUGAUGAUGUAAUUCAGCUGUUCCAGCUCUUGAAGUCGGAUCGCUUGGCCAGAGGUGCUGGCCUGGAUGAUGAGUUUUCGUGGUCCACAGGGGCCUAUGCACAGGGAGGGGUUACCGGGGUCAGGGCUAACCUGCGGCUCAACCCGGCUGUCAGUAAUAUGCUGUGUCAGUUCGUAAAACAGCAUGCACCAGGGCAUCCGUUCUCAGCCAUCAUGCUUGGACGAAACCUUCAAGAUCCGAACGUGCCUGACUUGAUGGGCUGUGAGCUGAAGUUCGAGUCCAACCGGUUUAGGACGUGGGUUGGAGUACCGUGGACGUGCGAUGAAUUCAUCAAGCAAGCGCUUGAGGCUAAGCACCCACGUCUUAUGAGCUCGGGAGUUCCACCUGAGUUGCAGCAAACUAUUGACUUCUUGGCGUCGGAGGGCAUGCACGCCGUUGGUGCCAGUAGGACUGAAGCUUUACGUCAGUGGCUAGGGCGAGCCGCAGAGCUCGACGAGCAAGAACGUGUGUAUAAGGAGACACUGCCCAAGCACUGUGCGAAAACCUUGGGCAAGAAAAGGCUGCUUCUUUUCGGCGAGAUGAUUGAGGCUGCCGGCCACAAUGAUCCGUCGUUGGUUGCGGAUAUGUCUAAGGGUUUUGCUUUAGGAGGCCCGAUCCCCUACUGUCCUGAGUUCCGCGCUAAGCGUACAGCUGCCACCAUGGCGGUCGAUGAGACUUACCGAGUCACCUUGGACGAGGUGGAGCGGGGGUGGCUGGACGGGCCGCUGAAAGAGAGCGACCUGGGGGCCAGCUCUUUGUUGACCAGGCGCUUUGGCGUUGUGCAGAAUAACAAAACACGGCCCAUCGAUAACUACCUUGAAAGUGGUUUGAAUGCCACCUCUUCAUCGUACGACACAAUCACCGUGCACACCGCCGACUGCAUAGCAUCAGGUUUGGCCCGUCGACUGAGGGCCGAUGCGAAGUGCAGGUUGCAUCAACUUCUCUUGAAGUCAUGGGACCUUCACAAGGCCUACAAAAACCUUCCGCUAUCCCUGGAGGCACUAGAGGACAGUUUCUUGUGCGUCUACGACCCAAAAGGGAAAUGUCCCCGAAUUUUCCGACAAAAGGUUCUUCCGUUUGGAUCACGGCACAGUGUGCACGCAUUUUGCCGGGUGUCACUAGGGAUAUGGAAAGUCCUUGUAGUGUUGUUCUUGUGCCAAAUCAACGUUUUUUUUGACGACUUUGUGGGUGUGGAGCUGGCCCCUCUGGCCCGCCUCUUCGACAUUGGUGUUUGCCUAGUAUUCCGCUUGUUGGGGUGGGAUGUCGCCGAAGACAAAGAGUCUGUGUUCGACUCCUGUGCAAAAGUGUUGGGGUUGAAGUUCGACUUGUCUGAGUCCCGUCUCGGACGUAUCACUCUGUGUAAUACGGAGUCGAGGCGAGACGAGAUCUUCGAGGCCUUGUCCGACAUCCUGUCGUCUGGUUACCUCACGCAAAAGGAUGGCGAACGCAUCAGGGGCCGACUCCAGUUUGCUGAAAACCAGAUAGCUGGAAAGGUUGCUGGAACAGCCUACAAACAACUGUCGCGGUUUGUGCUUCGAGGAGGAGGACACCUGGAUGAGUGCACCAGGGUAGCCCUGCUAAGGUUGCGCGAUCGAGUCAACUUUUCACCGCCCAGGGUGAUCUGCGCCAACAUCUUGACUACCAUGCAUCUUUAUGUCGAUGCCUCUUGUGAGGGUGAUAACGUAGGCUUGGGAGGUGUUCUUGUUAAUGAAGUGGGUUCGAAGAUGGGCUUUUUCAGUGAACGCGCGUCUGAGCAUGUGAGACGUCGCAUGAAUCCUGAGAGCGGCAACCCCAUUUUCGAGUACGAAUGCUUAGCCAUCCUUGUCGGACUCAGGUUGUGGGCUCCGCUCAUUCGCAGUACCAACCUUGUUGUGUUUACUGACAACGAGGGUGCCCUGGCCUGUAUGGUUGCCGGAAUUUCAAGCAACAAGUAUGGAGAAGCGAUUGCUCAGCAUGUUCAUGUGCUGUGUGACGAGCUUGGGCUUAACAUCUGGUUUGAACGCGUGAACACCUGCUCAAACGUGGCAGAUGCCCCCUCACGCGGCUCUAAAGAUCCGGAGCUGGGCAAAGAAUUCACGAUCGAUCUUGUGCGUGCUGUUGAAUACACGAUCGAGUCGCUUGGUCCUCUCAGCGACUACUUUGACCAGGUCAUGCCAGAUGUGUUUGCGUUGCGCACUUCAAGUGAGCGGUUCAUCGAUGUGCAAGUUGCUCUUCCGCGUGAGGGUUGCGAAUACAGAAGCACGCUCGUGAAGGAACCAGGCAUGCCUGAAGUUUGGUCAGUGAUUGAGUGGUGUGAGCCACUUGAGUCAAUUGAGAACCUGAGUGCGUUGCUUCCUGGUGACAGACAUGUUGCUCGUGAGGUGCUUGUUUUCGCCACAAGGAGGCAUGUUGCUCCUGAGGAGGUUGGUCUCAAGGUGUGUGAAGGAUCCGGAGAGCCUCCUGCACUUCCAGAGCGUUCGUCUGAUUUGCCCGAGUCAGACAAUGUGCGAAUGGAGGACGGAGAGCCUCUGCAGGCCGAAGCAGUAGAGCCUGAGCCGCGUGAGCAGGUCCAGGUGGACAGUGCCUUGAGGGAUGAACCCGAUGAUGAGGCCAGUCAGCCGUUGGUUGUUGAUGGCGUUGCGCUCAGCAUGGCGUGCACAUUGGCGACGUUGCGGUCUGCCGCUAAUGCACUUGGUUUGGGCAAAUCUGGGGGCAAAAGCACAGUCCUCAAGAGGAUCAGGACGCAUCUUGAUCAGCAGCAGCUGAUCGCAGCACACAAAGCUAGAAGCCAACUUGCAGAGAUGACCGAACGACCUGCGACUAUGCAAGCUGAGGUUGCAUUGCCAAGCGAGGCAGAGCAGAAAGAGCAUGCAAUGACGCACACCCCGUACAGGGGUUGGUGCGAGCAUUGUGUUUCAUACCGUGCCAAAGCUGAUCGUCACGAGACACGUCAGAGGGAUGACAGAGCUGUGUCAACCCUGUCCUUUGACUUCGCUUACACAUCGCGCAAAGAUGGGGACAAGGAAAAGCUCUGUUGUUUGGUUGUGUGUGACUCGGCAACUAAGUGGGUGCAAGCGUGGCCAGUUGAGAGAAAAGGCGGCACGGCUGCCAGAAACUACAUGGCUUUAGAAAUCACACGUUUGCUGUCGUAUCUGGGGCACCGGUCCGUCACUCUGAGGUGUGACCCAGAACCGUCAUGCAAUAGUUUGGCCGAGGCUGUGAGCACACUGCGAAGCCGCAUAGGGAUGCAGACACAUGUUGAGAACACACCUGCCGGCGAACAUCAGGCAUGCACUGCUGAAGGUGCAAUCGAGAAGAUCAGACAACGUGUUGGGACCCUGCUGAGUGAGUUUGAACAGAACUCAGGUGUGACGAUAGGCACGUUACAUCCACUGCAUGCUUGGUGCUGGAGGCAUUCCGGCUGGUUGUUGCAGCGUUUCAAUGUCAUGCAGGCAUUGACCGCGUGGGAGCGUUUGCAUCAAACACCGUACACCGGGAAGCUUGUCCGGUAUGGGGAGUACGUCCUUGCCAGGAUAAGGUCGACUGGUGAUGGCCAGGUCCAUCAGAAGGUUGAGGCGACAGAGGAUCAGGAGAGUGACAUUGCUGGGAGCGACGUCUCAAGCAAUGAGGCUGAUGUGAUCAGCCCUGGUCAGGAGGACAUCGCGCCUGAAGCAAUGCUGCCAGAGCUGGUUGGUGUUAGUGGUGAGCAUAUGCCUGCUGCACUUCCAGAGCGUUCGUCCACGUUGCCCGAGUCCAGUCCUAAGCGUCAGAGGAUCAUGAACCUAGUGCACAACGAUGAGGUCGUCAAGUUCGAGGAUCUAGGCAUCGAAGAUGGUUCAGAGAGCGACGAGUCAGUCAGGUCACUAGAAGAUGAGAUGCCACAGUCUGUCCCUGACCAGAGCGUGUCAAGCACAACUGGUCAAAUCCCCAAUGAGCUGUGGCGACCUUUCAGUGAUCAUGAGCCAAUGCUGUCAGCAGAGGAACAGGCCCAUGUUGACAUGAUAGCUGAAUCAUUCGAACUUGAACGCCUUGUCCAGAUGGGAGUCCUUUUGCCUUUGGAUCCUGCUAGCACAAACCUUGAUGACUUCAGGUGGCUAUCGACGAAGAUGGUCAAGGGCUGGAGGAUCAAAGCUGCGCCAGAAGGCCAAGGACAGGCCUUUCUCCGACGGGCUAGGUUUGUCGCGAGAGAUUUUAAGUGGAUGACCAAUAUGGCCGGCAGCGAUAUCUUUGCACCAGCUAGUGCCAGCGUUCUCUGGAAACUGCUGCCUGCAGUGCUUGUGACAAAGCAGAAACAAGGAGAGCCCUGGGAGGCUCUAGCGCUAGAUAUCACAGAUGCAUAUCUGACAGUGCCACAGCGUGUCAAGACAGUGGUGUCGGUUGAUGUUGGAACCGAACGAAAGUACUACCAGCUCUUGCGGAAUCUCCCGGGGCAGCGGCCAGGGGCGAAGGACUGGUUCGACUCUUUCCAAGAACAUCUCUCCCAAGGCCUCUCCAUCGAGCCUCUCAUCGAGGCACCUGCGCUUUUCAGGAUCCCAGCGCCAGCUGAGUCAGAUGGCGGGGCAGAUGAAACUGGAGGCGGACUAUGUCAUGUAGAUGAUGUGUUUGCGGUGGGACACAGUGCAUGUCUGGACCGCUUGGAAGCAUGCGUCCGAGGAAAGUACCGAUGUACUGUUCAUCGCCUGAAGGGCAUUGGUCAAGAGGUUGAGUUUCUGAAGCGGCGACAUGUUUGGCUGGCUCAGGGUGUCCUGGGCAUAUACCCGAACCCUAAACACGUGACCACGUUGGCGACAAUGCUUGGAGUGGUGAGCCAGAAACCGAAGGAGACUCCUCUACCCGUUGGGGGCACACUGCCGCUCUGGAGCAAGCUCGAGCCGCUUGACCAAACAUCCUCAGCCCUAUACCGCAAAGCCAUUGGCAUCCUUCUCUACGUGGCGCCGGAUCUGCCGUUUGCACAGUUCGCAGUGAACACACUCUCAAGCGUGUGUGGGAAGCCGAACAAGGGAGCGUGGCAGUGCUUGAGGCACCUUGCCAACUACCUUUACAACCAUGCCGAUUACGUCUGGAGCCUUGAGAGUUGUGGAAAAGGGAACGGAUAUGUCGUCCGAGACAGGGAUGCUCACGUCCUUGAGGUGUUCUGUGACUCCGAUUGGAGUGGAAACAAGUCCACUCGUCGGAGCACGUCAGCCGGAUGCUUGAUGUUGAAUGGUGCUCCGGUGUACUCCUUCUCUAGAUCGCAGGCAUGCGUUGCGCUUUCUAGCGGGGAAGCUGAGUACAUUGCCAUGGUGUCUGGAACCUGCGACGCGAUCCUGAUCGAGACGGCCUUGAGGCACGUAAUGGGAGAACCGUUGGAGACCCACAUCUUCACUGACUCCAGUGCGGCGCGAGGAAUAGUCUCACGGAAGGGAUGUGGACGGCUUCGGCAUGUUGAAGGACGCAUGCUGUGGUUGCAGGACCACAUAUGUUUGCACCGCAAGGCAACGUUGCACGCGAUUGGCACUACGAUCAAUCCUGCUGAUUUGAUGACAAAGGCGUUGUCAUCAAGCAGAACCAAAUUCUUGUGUCAUUGCUUUGGCAUCAGAUCAGAAGCAGAGGGAUUCGAUCGAGUAGGAGCUGCUGAGUUCCGUGAACAUCAGCGACAGCAGGAGGUGAAGCAGUUCAUGCGUGUCACGCGACGUUUGAACCAGGGUCAUGGUGAUGCCUUGAAGGUGAUUGCACUUCUCCUGCAAGUGGUGUCGAGUGGGGCUACGGAAGGACACAGUUUGAGUCAACCACUAGAGCCACAUGAGAACUGGUACGUCGUGACAGUGAGCGUUGAUGUUCGUGCUGUGAUCACUCUUGUGGUCUUGUGUGCCACAUUGGCAUUCAUGACAAGGUCUCAUCAGGCGGGUCUAGGACUUAGAGGCGGUUGUAGACAGGCGGUUGCCAAUCUAGGUGCCUGGGUUGAGGACAUAGGUAGUCGGUUCCUUAGGAUAGUGGGUUUCGCCACAAUUCCAGAGAACCACCAGCCACUUGCCCUAGUCGAUGCUCAUGAUGACUCUGACGAUGGAUCGUCAGAUGCAGCAGCGCAGCCUGAUGAGGAACCGGAGGACCUUGAGGGUGCCCAUGAACCUCCAGCAGCCAUUGCACCCGCAUGGAUGCACCGUGAACUUGGACCAGAUGACAUUCUUCAAGUCAGACGGGAAGCACCGGUUUGGUUCGCACCGCACCGUGGGACAAGAUUCCACAUGAGAUAUGACUGUGAUGGUUUGCGGAAUGCAAGGAUCGUUCAGAUGACGCUGUAUGGUGACUUGCAAGAUGAGCACCCAGGAAGGUUCGGCCUCUGCGUACUGUGCCAAGCCUGGGUGCGACACCUGGCGCAUUUGGGAGACAUUCCACGACUGAUCACCAUGUUCACAUUCAUCACUGUGACCAAUCAAGAUCAGGGGCAGGUUCAUCCGCAACUGCAAAUCCUGCCUGAGCCUGAAGGACACGAUGACACUUGA